UCCUAGUUCCUGCUCCUCCCAGCUCCAAGAUGGCAGCCGCUCGACGAGGAUGAGCGACGCCACACUGGAGUUCUGUCAUGAAACAGCACCUGACAAUGCAGCUUUUACUACCCUUGUGUUGACAUGGCGCUCAUUUAAUACCUAGCUACUUGUUUUGUCACCUGCCAAGACCGUUGAAGGAUCGCUACGGAACAUGCUUUUCUGUUGGCUAAGCUAGCAAGCUGCGAGCAGUUUUACCACCAUGGCCAUCACUCAGUUUCGUCUAUUUAAAAUCUGCACCUGCCUAGCCAGUUUGCUCUCUUUCUUCAAGAGAUUAAUGUGCAGAUCUGGAAGGGGGCGAAAGCUCAGCGGUGAUCAAAUAAGUCUCCCAACAACAGUGGAUUUUUCAUUAACCGUACCAAAGCAGUCCCCACAGCCGGAGGUUGAAGAAUGGAGCUCAUGGGACGAAGACGCACCAACGAGUAUUAAGAUUGAAGGUGGUAAUGGAAACAUCUCUCCUCCACCCAACGAAGUAGAUGAGGAACCCGACUACUUCAAAGACAUGACGCCAACAAUCAGGAAAACACAGAAGAUAGUGUUAAAGAAAAGGGAGCCUUUAAACUACCUGGUGCCUGACGGCUCAGCAGGUUUCUCCAGCAGACUGGCAGCCUCUCAGGAUAUGAUGACCUUUGGUACACCCUCAGCGGAACUUGGUGAAAUGGACAACUGGCAGGAAAACACCAAUGCCUGGGAGGAUGAGUCUGAUGCCACCUGGGAAGCAGAAGAAGUGCUCAGACAACAAAAGAUGGCAGAGAGAGAAAAGCGUUCCAUGGAGCAGCAGAGAAAGAAAAUGGAGAAGGAUGCUCAGAGGAUGAUGAAGAAAGAGCAGAAGAUGGCUGUCAAGCUUUCAUAACAUUUCGGAAAUGCUCAGUGAGUGAGCCAUGGGGAUAUGAGGGAAAGACACUGAAUCAGCCAUGAGUUUAUUUUUAGGUCAUCAAACCAACCAGGAUUGUAAGCAGCAAGCCACCCUCAUCUUCAUCCACAUCCUGAUUUCACCAGCAGCCAUUUAAAUCUUCUCUUGGAGCAACCGUGAAUCCUUUUUGCUGGCUAUAUUCAACAUCAACAACUCAUUUUGAUGGUAGAUUUGUGUUUCUUUGCCAGUCUAUCUUAGGUUAAUUAACGGCACCAUUUACUGCAUAUUUUGGUCCUGUGCUAUAAUCAGCACAGGCCCCGUUCAAGGUAUGUAAAUAAACUGAACCCUGUACUACCUUUUCAAAAUUAAAAAGCAGUUUUUUGGUUCUGUUUCUAAUAUCAA